AUGCGCCCCGCGCCGCCGCUGCCGCUGCUGCUGCUCGCGCUGCUGGCCGCGCCCGCCGCCGGCGCCCGCACGGCCGAGUCCGCGCCGCCGCCCGCCCCGCGGCCGGGCAACGACACCCGCGCCGGCGGCUUCAACGGCACCGGCGACGCCCUGAUGACCCGCGUGUCCACGCUGCUCCGCGACCUGCCCGCCCUGAAGGCGGCCGUGAUCGUGGCGUGCGCCCUCUCGGCGCUGCUCGUCGCCUGCCUGCUCCUGCGCGUCCUCAGGUCCGGCCGGAGGCUCAAGAAGACACGCAAGUAUGACGUCAUCACCACGCCGGCCCGAGCGCGUGAGAUGGCGCCGCUGAACGAGGAGGACGACGAGGACGAGGACGCCACGGUGUUCGACAUCAAGUACAGGUAGAGCCCGUUUGCCAGCCUGCUGUCGUCCUGUGGGAACUUGGCCAGCUGCAGCCUGGGCUGUGAAGGAUCUGGGAGCCGCCUGGCGUCCGAGGGGUUAAAACCAAAGCAAGCACAACUUGGGAAACUCCAGCACACCCAUCGCUCAAGGUCACGGCAAGCCUGUUUCCAGCGCUCCACGCCGCAGUCACUGCAGUCACUGUCGCUGUCUUGGUGGCCCCUUUAAAAUGGCACCACCCUCUCGCUCCAGGAGGGCUGGCCUUGCCCAGGGGCGCGGGUAGAAGUAGUGAAACCUCCAGCGGGGAGGUGGAGAGUGCACAGCGGCCUGAGGACCAGGAGUCUCCACCCCGCGCUGCCCCGGGCCUGCCUGCCAGGCGGCACCCCCGUCUUUCUGGCCUGAGCGGGGCCACCUGCCAGUGGUGAACACGGCCACGGCUCCACUCCCUUCCUAAGGGUCCCACGAUGGGCACGGCACGUUUGCAGGCGGUUUUGAGUAUCAGGGAACAACGUGUGCACAUGUGUGCACGCGCGCGUGUGUGUACACGUGUGUAUACGGCUUAGGUAACUGUGGGAAAGCGCUCCUUGGGUCUGGUUCCUGGCAUCUUGUGCUGUCCGUGCGCCUCUCUGCCCAGUGGCGGCCCCACUGUUUGUCUUAGAAGCGUGCCGGGAACAGAACCACCGCGUGGGUGAAGCAGUGGUGGCUUGGCUGCCUGGUGGCCCCCAUCCCGGUGGGAAGCCCCUCCCACAGCCUCACCCCGGGGUUGGGCUGCAGAUGAGCCUUGGCACCCUGGGGUUUGGCUUUUGAGACGGUGCCACCCCUCUCUGUCUCCCCCUGUGUGGGAGGGGACCCCGGCCUGCCUGAUUCCCCCCAUUUUCAAGCCCCUCGGUUUCCUGAGCAGGGGCUGCCGGUGUGGUGGGGUCCCCCACGGACAUGGGUGCUGCGUGCCGGAGGGGGAGCCCCUGGAAGCCCCUGGCAGCAUCCUGCCGCCUCUGCUCUUUGUCCCUCUCCCCCAUCCGGCAGAGGAGUGAACUGGAAACAGACUGAGCCCUGUGGCUGGGAGCCGCACCCUCCCCUCCAGGCUGGGACGGGCUCACACCGGGUGAGCGGCAGCCAAGGCCUUCAGAAAUGCCGGGUUCCCGGCCUUUGGUGCGGCCCCGGCUGCCCGGCGGGCAGGCACAGUGCCUGGAGGGAGUGGCCGCCGCCAGUGCCUUCCAGAUCCUGGGUGGGACUUCAGCAGC